UUGACUUCCGGUUACUGACGUGUUGUCAGUCAAAUGGAGAGAAGCUCUAACAGCAAUCGAACGUCACCUGUCGAGUCAAAGGGACGUGUUCUACGUUGUAUACGCAUUCUGCAAAUCUUGCUGAAAGUCAUGCUUGCCAUAUCAUUGACUGUGCUUAUUCUUGUGUACUUUGAAACCGGAGAAAGUUUCCAUGAGAAGCAAAUAACAAAACCAGCUGAUCUUCCAAAGAAAUUCUUCCCGACCCACAGUUACGUAGUGGAUUUCCCGUUUGGUAAUCUCCAGCCAAUAAUAAAGUUGCUUGAAGAUGAAGAGAUGAUCUUUGUGAUGUAUUAUGCCACUUGGUGUGCAGAGUCUAUCCGAGUUAGGAAUGAGUACAUACAAGCAGCUAGAGUACUGUCUAGCACAGUGAAGUUUGUAGCUGUGAACUGUUUCUACACAAGUGGAGAAUGUCGACAGAGGAUGAAGUUCUUGUCCUUUCCAGAAAUGUUUAUUUACCAUACAGGGGUGCUGGAUGGCUACAGAUUCACUGGCAUCAAAGAGGCUGAGUAUCUGGUGAAGUUUGUUGAGAACUUCCUGUUCCCAAUCAAGCCUCUUCUGACUGAGAGGGAAAUCAAUGAGUUCUCUGUUCAGAGUGAUAACACAGUCAUAGGUUACUUUGACUUCAACUCAUCUCCACAGCCCCCUGGUCCCGCCUUCCAUCAAUUUUACCUUGCUGCUCUCAGAGUCAUUUCAUAUGACUUCUACCAGCCAGUGAGGUUUGGUGUGGUCCGAAAGGCGCGACUGGCUCAAUUACUGGACCUCAACACUCCUGGCAGAUUUGUGCUGGGGCGUAUGGGGAACACCACGCUAAAAUAUCCUCUGUUUUACAACAUGACGGCCAGGAACAUCAGUAACUGGAUCAUGACAAACAAACAGAAUAGCAUUUCCCCUUGGCUGGUUCCUCCACUCACCAAGAGUCUAACACUGUCAGUACCCAUGCAGCAGGGAGCCGCAGUGUUAUUGUUUGGCCCAACCAACCCAUUACUCAACUUUAACCCUUACUAUGAUAUGGUGAGACUGGCCAGUAUAGCCUACAGAGCCUGUGAUAAUCGUACAGGCUUUUACCAGCGUGUUCUCACGGCCUACCUUCACAAUACGUUCACCCAGAUGCAUAAGGCAAACACGUUACAUAAAAAGUGCCUAGAAAAGAAAUCCCACGAGCUUUCCGCUUACCCUUCUUCCUGUUGUAUGUGCCUUUCCGACAAUAACAGAUAUCUCGAAAAGAAAUCCAUUUGUGAAUAUUGUGUUCAGAGAAGAAGUGCAAACAGUGAAACUAUAUGUAACCUUGACCUCCAGUCAAAUGCGAAACCAGAAUUUUCAACACAUUUGGUGAACUCUUGUUCAGACUUUUAUCAGUUUUAUAACAUAAAUGAACAUCAUUCCGUGUGUUGUAAAGAUAAAAUGUCUUCAGUUUCUAGCGAAAAAUAUAGAAAGUUCCAAGGGAAAUUUAGACAAAGUACGGACAAAUAUGUGAUAAAUGGUGAUAGAACUUUUAUGCAACAGUACCUCAGUAAAUUGACGUUACAGAAAACAAAAUCACUUUUAUCCUUAAAGGACCUCAUAGGAAGUUUAACAACAAACAGUGAUAUACGUAAUGCGAAUAUGACUGGUUUACAAUGUAGGACAAAUAAGACUGUAAAUUUCUAUUAUGUAGAUAGUGUUUACCAAUCUGUUUUUAUGGAGAAGUUUCGAGUACCGUCGGUGCAAUCUAAAGCAUCUGUGAUACUUGUUGACUUAAAAGAUGAAGCUGUGUAUACUCUCGGGGCAAAAGUCAACUUCCAGAACUUAGCCCGGUUUGUGAUGAACUACACAGAAGGCCAUUUGUCUCGUUUCCGUCGUUCCUCUGAUGAGACAACGCCCAGUGAGUGUGUGACAGACGGGCGGAGCGUCUGUGUGCUUGAAAUAAAUGCGGAGACAUUUCCAAAUGUUGUUAUGGAUCCUACUAAGGAUGUAGUUGUGCUGUAUUACACCCACUGGUGCGGCUUCUGUCGACAAGUGUCUCAAGCAUUCCUCUCAGCUGCCUCAUACUUCAUGCAUAAUACAAACAUACUGUUCGCCAGAGUGAAUGCGGACAAUAAUGACCUUCCUUGGGAGUUUACAGUGGACAGAUUCCCUACUAUUAUCUUUUUCCCAGCCCGAAGGAAAGCAGACAGCGUAGUCUUCCCGGACAACAAGUUAAAAACAGUCCCAAAUCUUGUCAAGUUUAUUCUUAACUAUGCCAACUUUUCCCUGCAAGUUGACACUGCAGUAAGUGCAUGUACCGAACACUGUGUGGCUCGAAACCGUGAAAAAAUCCUCACAAGAAUGGAAAAACUUAGGCUGGUGAUUGGCCAAUUGACUCGGCGCGGCAACGCUGUGUCAUCAUUGACUCCAGAGAGUGAAAUUCAAAGAAAACAUCUAGAAUCAGCAAGAUCUGCAAUAAUUCGAGCUCGUAAUGUGAAACAAUUUAAACUACGCAAGGCUCAAAUUUUAAAUUCAUAUUUGCAAAACAAUUGGAAGCAUUUAGAUAAAAAAAUGAUUCAUAGUUAUAUAGAAUCAAAUCUUGCAUUGUAACUAUGAUUUGUUAGUGAUUUAUUUAGUAAUGUUUUAUUAAAAAGACUUGCUCAAUAUUUGUGCAUGUAUUGUGACGGGAUUUGAGUGCUAGCAAUAAGGUGCUUUUCAGUUAUUAAAAAGCAUUGUUGUAAAGUAUACAAGUCUGAGGCAUUAUUUUGCUGCAUUGCAAAACAUAAGUCGAAUAGAGCAUCUUUUAAUUCCUGUGAUAACCUUUUAUUAAAUAUAUUUAAUGCAGCUGUUAUCAAUUUAUCUUGAAAAUAAUGGAUAUUAAUUUUAUCCAAACCUGCAAUUGUUUGAAUGUAUUGAAUGUCUUAAAAGAGGUGUAAAUUGAAAUCCAAGAUUGUUAUUUACUAUUUCAAGUAUGGUGUAUUGUGGUUAUUCCUAGGAUUGUUUUUCAUUGAAAUUUCAAACAAACUACUUCACACAAACUUUCACCCAUUAAUCAACACAGUUGACUUGAUUUUUAAAGUGAAAAACUUGUAUGAUCAAUGUGAUUUAUCUUUGUCGAACCUGGAGAAUGAGAAUGAUGAAAAAUGUAUUCAUCAAAAUUCAACAGCUGAAUGGGUUUAAUUUGCAAGAUUUUUGUGCCUUUUAAAUAUGAUUAAUGUAGAUCACCAUUGCUGUACAUGUGUUUGUUUUGUUUGGUUUUGUUUCUCCAUAAAACCUUUGCAAUUAAACCAGUUUACAUUGCAUUUAUUAUAUUUCGAUAAAAUUAAGUCUGGCUUUGUAAAAAAAACCAGAAGGUUUCACAACAUUCCCUUCUACACAUUUGUGUUCAGAGUGUAUGGAAAGGACAAUUCAAAGAUGUCAUUUGAAGCAAUGGUGAUGAUGAAGGGUUAUGCUAUUUCUUAUCCAUAAUGUGACUGUUAACCAUAAUCCAGCUGUUGUCCAUGACCUUAGGGUCUGUUGGCACCCACUGGUGGCCGUUAAGUCUGCAUUGGGGUUUGAACCCACAACCUCUUGGGUGAGAAGUGGACACUUUAACCACCAGACAAUGGUCACUAUUUCUAAGCAUUUAAGAAAGUUUACCGUCAUCAAGUUAGUGGUGAUUACCUUAGACCAUGUUGGAGCCCAAUGAUUCAACCCCCACCACAGACUUAAAGGCCAUCAGUGCACUCCAACUCGAACCAACAACCUCUUUGGUGAAAAAUGUACACUUGAACCACUAUACAAUUAAUUGUCACUCAGUCUAAGCAUUUAAGAAAGUUAACCGUCAUCAAGUUAGUGUUCUCUAUUACUCACACCUUAAGCAUUUAAACAAUUUGUGUCUAGUUCAUAUUGAACUUUUUGGGUGUGAGUAAAGGCAUUUGUUUAAUAAAUAACUAUUGAAAGUGAACAUUCCUUUUGAAGAGCAUAUUUUUCAUUUAUUGACACUAGUUGGCAGUGUUGUAUUAUGUUAUUUCCUUUUUUUCUGGUAUUUACAGUCCAUGCGCUUCGUUUAAAAAUUGUUAUGUUUUAGAAAUAACAUACUUAGCAAAGUUUCUUUAUAGAACUAGAUUAAAAACAUUUUUUUUAUAUAAUGUUGUAAUAACUUGUUUCACAAUUGUUGUUAAACAAAUAAAUUUUAGCUAAAUUAUAAGCAUUUCAUAUUUAAUCUUCCCUCAUUUAAUGAAAUAAAGGCAUUUGUAAGAAUACAUAUGGGAUAGUGUAUGGCCUGUCUUGGUUUUGUUUAUGGUUAUGUUUAAGUUAUGGACAAAUGAUUGUUAGCAUGUACUUACGCAGUCACUUAACCAUCAACUGUGUGUGAGUACAUAUUAAAAAGUUUUUUAGUGGUCUACAUGAUAUUUUGUAAACUACCCACCAAUUUGGCCAGUCCCUCUUUUAUAUCUAAAUAAAUGUUUUGGAAAACUUCAGAAAUUAUGAGAGAAAAUAUUAUGUUUACCAUCAUUGAAGACCAAGACGUUUAAAAAAUUAAACAUGUUUAGUAAAUGCGGUAUACAACAUGUAUAUUUUAUGUACCAGUCAAGAAAUAAAUUCAUUCUAGUCUUAACAUAUUUUGUUUUUUGCUAUGCAAGUUUUUGAAUUACCGGUAUUUAUAUUGUUGAAAUUGUUAUUUAUCAUGGUUUUUCUCUGCUGUAUGUAUGCUACUAUUAAAUUAUAAUUAUAUACUGAUAUACUUAUAUACUGAUAUACUGAUAGGUAAAAGUUGGUGUAUUUCUAAUGUUACUGUUAAAAUGUUGUCUUAAAUUUGAUUAUUUAGCUAGAUUAUUUAUAACCAUUAAUGAAGUGUUUAAUAAUUUUCAUCAAAAGUGUGGUUUACAUUUAAUUGUUUUAUAUACUAUGUUAAGCACAGAAAUUUGGAAAUCUUUAUUUGCACAAAAUUACCAUAGUUUAGUUAUGUAUAUAAGAAACAUCGCAAUUGUGUAUCUAAUACCUUAAAGCUGCACUCUCACAGAUAUACUAUUUUUACAACUUUUUUAUUUUUUGUCUUUGAAAGAGCAAAUUUUUGCGUAAAUAUCUGCAAACCAAUGAUAAAAGAUUGCUGACAAAAGAUCAGAUCCCAGAUUUGCAUAUUUCCGUUCGAAAAUUAAUGUUUUAUGGCUUAAACUGUUACUAACGGUUUAAGAAAAAUGCAUAAAGCAUAAUUUUUUUAACUUAUAUCUCCAUCUAAUUUUUUGUCAGCCGUCUUAUAUAACUGGUUUCCAUGGAUUUUUGCAAAAAUUAGCUCGUUCAAAGAAAAAAAAUAAAAAGUUGUCAAAACUUUCAAUCUGUGAGAAUGCAGCUUUAAGUUAAGGUGCAUUGUAAUUAUUAAUUCUUGUGAUUUAAUCAUGUACAUGAGCUAUUUUAUCAACAACCGCAUCUUAAUCUUAAGUUGCUUUGAGAAAUAUUUUAAUUCAAUAUCAAAUAAAUUGAAUGAAAAGGUUAAAGCAUGAUAAUUUCAAUUUGCGAGUUGAAAUUUUAUUUCCGGCACACCCUUUGUAUUCAACUGAAUUUGAGCUUGCACUAUUUUGUCCUACGCUUGUUGAUAAAAUGCCCCAGACAUGUACGCAAGUAAUCUCAUCUUCUAGUCUUCCCUGAUCCCCAGUUUCACAAAUAUUCUCAAUUAUUUCCUCAUUUGCAUACACUAUUUUUUAUGUUAUUCACGGAAAGGAAAUUGUUUUCUUAUUCUGAUUUGUAUUUUGAUUUAUUUCUUUUUUAAAAUAGCACACAGAUUGUUUUGAUGAAAACAGAUUGUUAUCCAAAAACAUUGUGUGUACUAUGUCAAGGUCAUGGAAUAUGGAUAAACAUUUGAGGUCAACUUAUCAUUUUUCUGUAAUUUAUUUCUCAAGUACAUAUUUUGCCGUAAUUCAAAUUCGAAUAACUGACCAAAUAUUAAUAUCAACAUAAUCCAUAGGAGAAUAGAACUCUAAUAGAGUACAAACAUAUGCUAUUUUGUACCAUGCUAGACAGUACAGCAGUGAAAUGAGUUCGUGCUGGCCCCAAUUUCUCGAAACUUCUUAAGGUUAACAGGUUUAAGUAGCUCAUUUCAAUAAGCCAAAAUAUAUUCAUAGAUAUGAUUUUGAUAAAUGAAAAAUGAUUAAUUGUAAAUAUCAUAAAGAGUAUUACUAUUUAAAAUCUUGAAGAAGUAAAUAUAACACUGAUUAUAGAAAACAAAGAGCUUGGCUUAAUCCUGUUAUUAGAGACUUUACAAGUUUCGAGAAAUUUGGGCCUGAAGUAUUUUUGUGAAACUGGGACUCGGUUAUUAGUUAUGUUUUUCAUUUUGUUAACCCGUAUUUUAACAAUGUAUAUUAAUUUAUCAUAACAAAUUCAAACUAAAUAAAACUGUUACAAUUAUCAAUUAAAAUGA